AUGUAUAACCGCGACUCUAGGAUAAUGCGCAAGCUCCUCGGCAAGGCUUCGACCGAGACCCCUGCAGGCGAUUCAGCCAAUCUCUCCAUUACAAGCGCUCCCGCAUCUACCAUAUCGGCCUCGUUUCGACCAUCGAAGUCUCAAGAUGCUGUAUAUAAAGCAGGAGCCCCGAUCCUCGCGCUCGAUGUAUCCCCCGAUCGACGAACGGCCAUUCUCGCUGGAGGGCAUAUUCUCAAGACUGUUGUACUUGACGACCCUUCGAACUUCAACUUCAACUUUCGCGAGGGUGUAGACCUGAGGGCUGUCAUUACCGCUCAACCGUCAGGUUUAAAAGGAAAUCAGGCGGCCGAUCAACUCAGCAUUCGGGAUGUCAAAUGGCAUGGCGGUUCGACAAUCUUUACGGCUUGCGCCAAUGGCAAGAUCUUCGCAUACGAUGUUGCUCGGGUUGGGUCCGGUGCGGCCGACCCAUUGGAAUACAUGCAGACGCAGGAGGACUCGCGACAAGUUAACACACUGGAUGUGAACCCUCAUCUCAAGAGUUGGCUCCUGUCAGGUAGCCAAGAUGGAAUGACGCGCGUGUUUGACACGGCAGCGCCCAUACAAGGUCGCGGCGGCAUCACCUUCCGUCAACGUUUCGCACCACUCAAAUGCAUUGACUCGGUUCGCCAAGUCAAGUGGUCUCCAAAGGUUGGUCAUGAAAUGGCCUGCUGUACCGAGGGUGGAGUAGUGCUCAAGUGGGAUGUCCGCCAACCUGCCAGACCCUUACUAAGGAUCAAUGCACACGAAAAGGCAUGCGCAUCUAUCGCGUGGCAUCCCGAUGGCAACCACCUUAUCAGCGCCGGCAGGGAUACAAAGCUUCAUGUCUGGGAUGUUGGAAGUACAGCCGAUAAGCGACAAAAGCCGAAAUGGUCAGUCACAACACCUGCGCCAAUCUGGACCAUUGCAUGGCGACCUGGCCUAUGGUCUGCUACAGCACAGAACAAGCGUGUUGCGCAAAUAGCAGUCUCGUAUGACGAUAGCAGCUCUCGUCGAUACGGAACUUCAGCAGUACACAUUUGGGACUUGGCUCGACCGACGUUGCCCUAUAAGGAAAUCGAGAGAUUCGACUCUUCACCAGCAACCCUGUUGUGGCAAGAUCAGGACAUGCUCUGGACAGUUGGGCAAGAUGGUUUGUUCACGCAAAGUGAUGUUGCUUAUGCACCUAAAGUUAUCGAUCGGCAAUCUACUUCCUCGGUAGCAUUUUCGCCGAAAGGUGAUGUUAUGAUGUUUCUUGAUGAACGAUCUCAUCCACACAACCGACCCCGACCCCCUGUCACACACCACGCAGAGAUUGUGCCGCGUGGUCCUUAUGGCUCAAGUCCCAAUGCUCCCAUGCUGAGUAUUAGCCGCAGCGACUCAGAGGAAGACGUAGUCGGCAGCUUUCUAGGUCCCAGACGCAGGUCAAUUCGCAGGAAGGCAGGUGGGAGAUCUGGACAAUUGAGCACAACGCCACCAUCUGGCUCUGGCAUCGCUGAUGAGAAUAAGCAAUUCCUCGCGCUCGACCAAGCCAUCAAUGUUACAGGUAUCUUCAAGACGCAGCAAACAAUGGCAUUUGGUCGUCUACCUGCUGCGAAAACAACACAGGUCUACCAAUAUCUCUCGAGAUUAUACCUCGAGACACUCCAUCAGGAGCUUCCAUACGUUCAAGAGGGCAAAUCACUUAACAAACGAGUCGGCAUUAUUCUGGAGCACUAUGCACGUGCAGCCGAGAGUGUUUCGUACUUCCGGUUAGCCCAGACUUGGCGCAUUCUGUCAUAUACGGUCGGUCUGCUCCUGGACCGUCGCGCCCAGUACCAUCUUGAUUUGCGUCUUGGACGCUUUCACAAGAUGAAGAUAGAAGAGAGAAAGGGAAGUGGAAUACUGAAGCCCGUUGACUUUUAUAAUGCUAGUCGCACCCCCGGCGAUGAGACGCCCAGACGUGGCUCGGUGAAACCAGGCAUCGGCGGCCGCUCUCUCAGCACUCGAUCGCUCCUUGCAUUGGGCUUUGAGAGCACCUCCAACGUCCCGACCCCACUCGCGCGACCGGCUGAUGCCGGUAUGAAUACCAAAGAGCAUGCUCAACAGGUCGGCAAGAGACUUGCAGCCAUCACGGAGCCUGAUGAACUUAGUCUUGGUCCUGGCAUAAAUGACAGGUUCGAAGACACCCCCCGACGGCGCCUCGACUCGAUUCCCGUCUCUGACGUCAGCCUUGAAAGCGAAAGCUCACAAAUUUCUAGCACUGAAGGAUAUGACUUUUACGACGCCGAUGUUCUGCUCAAGGUCGUCGACGUUCCGCCCAAGAAGAAAGAGCCCCUGUCUUUGGGAUCAACGAGUCCCGAGAUUCCGAAAGUCACCCGCCAUGAUUCGGACGAGAGCUUUGCUCAGAUGUUUUCGACUUCUGAUGCCGCCAAGAAGCCAUCAGCGUUGACCCCAAGAGGGAACGGCCAAUGGCGAUCGAGUCUUGCAAGGCACGCCUCGGACAUGGAUAAAGACAAUCAAGAAUAUCCGAGCCACAUACGUGGUGAAGAGGUCCAUACCACAGCAGACACGCCGACAGAGUCGCCCCUGUCACGUCCCAAGAAACCUGCGACCGACUCCCCAGAUGAGGUUUUCAUGAUAUCUCAGACAACAAUAGGAACUGAUGACUCCUUCCCAUCCCAAACAUCAGAGCCAUUGCAGCCCGAGCCAUCACCCCCUAAGCCCACUACGCAACCAGCUCCCUCGAAAGAAGAAUCGCCCCUGCCACAAAUACUCGCCCCUGCAAGCCAUCCCAGCCGAACUAUCAGUCCAUUUAAAGAUCUGUUUCCCGCCCAAAAAGAUCUUCGACCCUAUAUCUUGGAGACGGAUUUCCUCCCAUGGGAAGAUGAUCCUCUAUACCCGUAUCCUGUGGUCACCACAGGCGACCCAUCUAUAGUUUCACCACUUGAUCCUUAUACUUCCAUCACGGAGGCCUUGCACUACGAGUCACGAUCGUCUGCUCUUAAUGCCUCCGCCAUCAUCCUUUUACUCAAGCCUUUAGUACCCGAGUUUGUGAUUGACUACCACCAAGCAAGCGCAGUGUUGCGACAGCAUCACUCUCGUCUGAUGCAGAUGGGUCUCUUUAUCGAGGCGUCCCUUCUGCGAAAUCUGUGUGUUCAGGGGUGGCCGGAAGGUUUGCCACAAUGGGGUGAAAACUAUACAGCGAUAUUUACGCCUGCUCAACAGAAUGGCAAGGUCAGCUUCUUCUGCUCUUCCUGUAAGAAGCCACGAGAACUUGACCCCAAGAACGGCCCAGAAGGCAUCUGGACUUGCGAGCGGUGCCGUACAGCCAUGGCACCCUGUGCUGUCUGUGGACAUCGAGAGCCUACACAGGCAGAGUUCACUCCAAUUGAGGUAGCAUCUGCUAUGGCUUCAGAUUCCCACCUCAUCGAGUGGUGGUACUGCCCCGGCUGUGCCCACGGCGGUCACGCCUCCUGCCUCCAAGCAUGGCACGCCCCCCUCGACGCGCCAGAAUCCGGCAGCACAGCUUCAUUCAGCGACGGCUGCUGUCCCCUCGACGGGUGCGGUCACGCCUGUCUUCCCGGUCGCUACCGUGGCGAAACCACUACGGCACGAGCCGACGAGAUUGGCCGCGCGACCGUUGAAAAGACUCGCGCUCGCGAUGAAAGAGGAGCAAGCAGCAGUCGACGUUCCAGUCCGCGCGCAGGAACGGAUCGUUCUGUGAAGAGCGACGGAAAUGAUAUCCCGCAGAGCAGAGCCGUAGGCAUGGCGAGGGAUGCAUUGAACAAGGGAAGUGGGGGGAUCUUGAGUUCAAGCCCGGGGAGGACUGUUGUCACGGGGGAGAGGGAGAGGAGGAAGAGUGUCAAGUUUGCAAGAACAGAUCAGUAG